AUGAGGUCAUUCCUGGUGCAACCUGUAUCCAUACUACUACUACUACUCUUCAUCACAGCCAUCGCUCCCGUGGUCACCGCCGGCGGCUCACCUGUCAUCAACGCGACGUGUGCCGCGCUCAAGUCCCUGCAACCCUACGACUACUGCGUGGGCGUGCUCUCCGCCGACCCAGCAGCCGCCGCUGCCACAGACGUCCGGGGAGUGGCGGCAGCCGCCGUCAACAUCACCGCGCAGAAGGCUGCGUCCACGUUGCUCGUCAUCAACUAUCUCGCCGGCGAUCUCAACACCUGCCGCGGGUACUACAGCAACAUGUUGCAGUCGUUGGAGAAUUCCCUCGUCCACUUUCGCGAUGGUCGAUUCUUGAAUGCGUCCCUAGGGAUCGCCAAUGCCACCGGAGAUCCCACGGGCUGCGAUUUACUGCUGUUCGAGGGGAAAACGCACAAGGAUCCGAUUUCCGACGAGAACUAUGAGAACAUGCGCUUGGUUGACCUAGCAGAUGGUAUCGUAGAUCUAUUCGCGAAUAAGCGUCUAUACUAG